AUGUUUUACCAACACCGCCUCCUAUUUUACCACCUCGUCCCGGAGGCAGCGAGCGGCGCGGGGUUUUGUCAACCCAAACAACCCAUCAAGACGCAGCAAAACCAGACGAAGGCGAAGGAAGGAAGAGCUGCAAGCACAACUGACGCCCCAACGUCUUCAAAGCCUUUGCAGGGUGUGCGCAACGACCUUGGUAACCUCCUCAAGUCACAGAACAGGAGAGCUGAGGCAAAAGCCUGCUACGAACGGGCGCUGCAGCAGGACCCUGCGCUGGCUGUCGGGUGGAACAACCUCGGCUGCGUUGUGCUGGACGAUGGCAGCGUGCAGGAGGCCAUCAACCACUUCUCCCGCGCCAUCUACCACGAUGAGCAGCUCGAGUGCGCAUACUCGAACCUCGUCAACGUCAUGGGCCCCGAGCUGGCUGCCGUCGCCCUCAUCAACCUCGCAAACAGGAUGCGCGAUGAAGGCCGGGUGUUCCAGGCGCUGCAGGUGUACCGGCGGUCGCUGGCUGUGCACACGACGGCGCACGGCCACGCUGGUCUGGCCACUGUCUUCCAUCGCACGCAGCAGCUGCGGGAGGCCGCCUUCCACUAUGCCGAGGCCAUCAAGCUCAACCCGCGCUUUGCAGAGUGCCACACCAACCUCGGACACGUCUACAGAGAGCUAGGGGACCUGAACCACGCGCGCCAGGCGUUUCUGAGCGCCGUCGCCGUCAAUCCAAACUCCGCCGACGACUACAACAACCUCGCAUGCGUCUGCAAGGAUCUUGGCAUCAUUCACGAGGCAAUUCGUUACUACAAGGCGUCGCUCAGCCUCAAAUCCGACAACCCAACUGUCUUCUGCAACCUCGCCCACUCGCUCCAAAUGGUGUGCGACUGGGGCGACUAUGAGCACCGCAUGCGCCAGCUCGUGUCCUUAAUCAACCAGCAAAUCACCAGCAACCUCUUCCCCUCGGUGCACCCGCACCACUCGUUCCUGUACCCGCUGCCUAACACGCUUCGUCGCUCCAUUGCGCAAGCGCACGCCGACGCCGCGAAACGAAACGUGGCCAUGCUCCAGCGGCCCCCAUACUCCUUCAAGGACUACGUGCCCCUGAAAGGGCGGCUGCGUGUGGGCUUUGUGUCGUCGGACUUUAAAGACCACCCCACGUCGCACCUCAUGCAGAGCGUGCCCGGAUACCACGACAAGUCGCUGGUGGAGGUGUUCUGCUACUCGCUCGCCCCCGAUGACGGCAGCGUGUACCGGCGCAAGAUUGAGCGUGAGGUGGAGCACUUUGUCGACCUCAGCGUCAUCACAGACAACGGCCUCGCUGCAGAUCGCAUCUACGCUGACCGCAUCCACAUCCUGAUCAACCUCAACGGGUACACAAAGGGCGCGCGCACGGAGAUUUUCGCCCUCCGCCCCGCCCCCAUCCAGGCCAUGUGGCUCGGUUAUCCAGGCACUUCCGGCAGCGAUUUCAUGGACUACAUCAUCACAGACGCGCUGACAACGCCGCCUGAGCAGUGGCAGGACGCGUACUCGGAGCACCUCGUGUACAUGCCGCACACGUUCUUUGUCGGCGACCACGCCAACAUGUUCCCGCUGCCGCCAAACCACGACGUGCGCGACCCUGAUGAGGAACGCCGUAUCACCUCUGCUGCCCUGCCGUACACGCAGGGGCUCUCCCAGGCAGACGCGCGCGCACACGCACAGCGCGUGAGCACCGCACUGCAGCAGCAGCAGCAACAACAACAGCAGCAACAGCAGCAACAGUUGGGUCAUGUUGCGCAACCGCCCAUUGAUCAGUACCAGUCUGCGCAGACGGUGCAUGGCAGCCACGUAGCUCACCAACAGCAGCAGCAGAUGGGCGAUACAGUUACUGCCCCCAUUUAUGCGUCCACACUGGCACAGGUCCUCGCAUCGAAUCCGUUCAACAUUCCAUACGUCGGGACCAACUAUGUCAUCCCCGGGGCGGCGCAUGCGUUCCCGAGCGCGUACAUCCCGAGUCUCCAGUAUGUGUUGCCGCAGGGGCAGGUGCCUGCGCACCCCGUCAUGCCCGCGUCUGCGUCACAGGCCAGGCUAAACGCGUUUAUCAUGCCCAUGCAACACCUGAUUGGGCACAUGCAACAGCAACAACAACACCAUCAACAACAGUCUGUGCUACAAUCCCUGCAACAAGCAGCACCACAGCACCCCGCGUACCUGCCCAUGCAACAACAACAACAACAACAACAACAACAACAACAACAACAACCCGAACAGGCGGACCGCGAUCUGACGCGGCUGCUGAACAUGACACUGGACACAACCAAGGCGGCGGCGCAGGCGUCAGCAGCAGCAACAGCCGCGCAAUCAUCGGCAGAGCAAGCAGCCUCCACCUCCACCACCGCCCUCACAUCAUUAUCAACAUCUGCACCAGCAUCGUCGACAUCAUCGUCGUCGGUUAUGGCGCGUGGUGCGCGUUCAUCGCGUGGUCGCCGUGCAAUGGCGCCGACAGCGGCAGCGGCGGCGGCAGUGAAGAAGAGGGAAUCGCCAACACGCGAUGCGCUGGAGAGCAUCGAGCGACCAGCCAACAAGAAGGCAGCAUGCAGCCUCCAGAGCGACGACGAUGAUGGUGAUGGCGAUGGUAACUGUGGGGAUGAUGCGAUUGUGCGGCGCGCUGCUGGUCUUGGCGUUGGUGUUGGCGCUGGUAAGGGCUCCACAAGUAACGGCGUGACUGGCAAUGGUACUCGCUCCAGCACUGAGGGCGUGCGUGGCCAGAUUGGCACUGGCACGAACACAGCCUCCACGGCAGCCCACACGCAACAACAACAACAACAACAACAACAACAACAACAACAACAACAACAACAACAACAACAACAACAACAACAACAACAGCUGCUGCUGCAUCAGCAAUAUCAUCAGCAGCAUGCACCGCAACAGGCCGUCGUGUCACUUGAGGAGCAGCCGCACCACCCACGCUACGCUCACCCAAUGCCCUCGCAGCCCUCGCACUCGCAAGCGGUCAUGAUGGGGUACGCCGCACCCGCGCCAGCCAUCGUCCACAUGAAGCCAAUCCCGAAAACGCCAUCGCAUGCGCCCCUCCCGCCACCGGAUCAGCCGAAUCAGCCGCCACUCACGCGAGCGUAUUACGGUCUUCCCCAAGACAAGAUCAUCCUCUGUAACUUCAACCAGCUGUACAAGAUCGACCCGAUGACGUUCUCGCUGUGGCUGGACAUUCUCAAGGCGACGACCAACACAGUGCUGUGGAUUCUUCGCUUCCCGCCUGCUGGCGAACAGAACCUGCGCAUGCACGUGCAAGCCGCUGGCCUCGACCAGUCACGCGUCAUCUUCAGCCCCGUCGCCGGCAAGGUUGAGCACGUGCGUCGCGGUGCGCUGGCGGACCUGUGCCUGGACACGCACGCGUGCAAUGGCCACACAACGGGCAUGGACAUUCUGUGGGCCGGCACGCCCAUGCUGACGCUGCCAGGUGACACGCUUGCAUCACGCGUUGCGUCGUCGCUGGUCACCGCGCUCGGGUGCCCUGAACUGAUUGCGUCAUCCCGCCAAGACUACUUCAACAAGGCCGUUGAUUUGUGCCGAAACCCACGCAAGCUCCUCGACAUGCAGCACAAGGUCCGCCAUGCGCGCACACGUGCGCCGCUGUUUGACACGCGGCUGCUGACGCGGCAUUUGGAGCGGUCCUAUUUCGCAAUGUGGAACAACUACGAGAAGCAGGGCACGCCCACGCACCUGUGCAUCGAGCCCGUGGCAGAGUGCACCGUCCCGUGCUCCAGCCGCCCGGACACGCGCGCCCCCACAGUGGCAACGCCGCUGACAUACCCGUCGCUGACCAAGACGAUUGUCGGUGUCCCGCAAACCACUUCCGCGCCGCAGCCACAGCACCACCACCAUCUCCACCACCCACAGGCGGUCGUGCCAUCAGCCGUGUCAGCCGUCCCGUCACUCCCGCCACCGCCACAUGCACACGCGCACGCGCACGCGGGGAUUGCAGCUGCACCGGCUGCCGCACACAUGUCCAUGAUACCCAUGCAGGCGCUGGUGCAAUCGCAGCAACAUCAGCAGCUUCAGCAACACCACCACCAACAGCAACAGCAGCAGCAACAUCAGCAGCUUCAGCAACAGCAGCAACAACAACAGCAGCAGCAACAACAGAUGAUGGCGGCGGCCAACGCACAACAAGGCCACGUCACAUUCCCCGCUGCCAUGCACAGCCAACAGGCGCACCAGGCCCACAUGCAGCACCAACAGAUGCAAGCGCACCAACAGCAGCAGGCAGCCAUGCACAUGCAGGUGCCACAGCAGCAGCAAUUAGGCACGCCGAUGCAAGCACACCACCGCAGCCAACCGCAGCAGGUUCAGUACCACCAACUCGUUCAACCACAACAACAACAGCAGCAGCAGCAGCAGCAACACGCACACGCACACCAGCAACAACAUGUGCAGCAACAGCCCUUGUCGAUGCACUUUCCAGCCCUCUCAGCCAUGGGCCACGUGAGCAUGGGCAGAUGAUGGCGAUGUGGACGGCUCAACUGUUGUGGUUGAUGUGCGGUACAUGUUUGCUUGUUUGUGUGCUUGCUUGCUGGCUUGUUUGCGUGCUUGCUUGCCGAAAAAACAGCCCUUCCUCCUCCCCCCCCCCCUUCCUUUGUUCUGUUCCACGUAUCUGCUCUGGUUUCUUUUAAUUGACUCUUUGCCUUUCGCCUUGACCGGUUCGUUUAUUCUUCGCUCGUGCACGUCGUGUCACAACAUCACGUCACUGCUGUCAUCAUCACCGCCUGUGUUUGGUUGUGUACAUAACUGACGACCCCAACUCAGCUGAUGAAACCAUGCAUUACCCAGCCCGCACGUGCCAGUUACUGUUGCCGUGUGUUAUCGCGUCGUCUGUUCUCUCCCUCCUGCAUCUUCCCCUCCUUCUGCUUCCAUGUGCACCACCCUUCCGUUGCCUUUGGCGUCACUGCUCGUCGGCUGGAGGUACCGCCGUCGAUGAAUGAAUGAACGAACGAACGAAC